AUGCAGGCUGCUUCCAGGGAACAGGCAAACAGGCAUUCUCAUGCUGCUUGCAAGGCACAGCAGCAGGCUUUUGCAGAUAGUCAAUCAGCUACUGCUGAUCAGAUCCAGGAAGGCACUUGGCAGUCGGCCAGAUGGACAGCUUCAAUCACCAGCACGGAAUCUGAUGGUGCUGAGAAGUUCUACUUCGUUCGUUGUGGUUGGCGCACUGGGGUGUUUACAUCAAGGCUUGCCGCAUUUCUGCUCGCAUCAGGCACGAAAGGAGGGAACUGGAAGUCUUUCCGAAGUAAGCGAGAGGCAGUAAGUGACUACACUCGUUCCAAGACAGCACAGCACUAG